GGAGGACUGGUGGCGGUGGCAGAGGCUAUUGGAGAAAUGAGGGAUUGAGAGAAAGCGGGAAUCAGAAUCAUGUUGCUGAGGCUAUCAGUAAUAAGGAUUCAAAGGCCAGUGGUAUUCCGAAGUCUGAUGGGGUUGACAAAGAAUCGGAAAUGAUACAAGCUGACAAGAAAGAAUAUUCUGAAAGAUCCGAGUCAAAUAUUUUGACGAUGAGUUUGGGGAAUAGUCAAUCUGAUGACUUGCAAAGUGAGGCUAAUAAAGGCGAUAAAUGUACUGCAAAAUCUGAUGGGUCUUGUGGUGUGGAGAAUGAAUGUAAAUCCACACAAGUACCACAUGGGAAGCAGAACCAUACAAUCACUCCAAAAACUUUUGUUGGUAAAGAGUUUUGUGAUGGGAAAAUGGUUAAUGUAGUUGAUGGACUGAAAUUAUAUGAAGAACUACUUAGUGAUUCAGAAGUAUCAGAACUUUUGUCUAUGGUAAAUGAGUUGAGAGUUGCUGGGAAAAGUGGUCAGCUUCAAGGGCAAACAUUUGUAGUCUCAAAGAGACCUACGAAGGGGCAUGGGAGAGAGAUGAUUCAAUUGGGUAUUCCCCUUACAGAUGUUACUGAAAAUGAAGCUGCUGCUGGAAUAUCCAAAGAGAGGAAAGUAGAUACCAUUCCUGUCUUACUGCAAGAAGUUAUUGAUUCAUUGGCUUCUAAGCAAGUGAUCCCCGUCAAGCCUGAUUCAUGCAUGAUUGAUAUCUUCAAUGAGGGAGAUUACUCACAGCCAAAUAUGUGGCCUGUUUGGUUUGGACGCCCAUUAAGUGUGCUCUUUUUGACAGAAUGUGAUAUUACAUAUGGAAAAAUGAUUGAUUCACACAAUCGCGGGGAAUAUCGGGGCUCUCUCCGCCUUUCUCUUGCACCAGGGUCCAUGCUAGUCAUGCAAGGGAAGUCAGCUGAUUUUGCAAAACAUGCAAUCCCAUCUCUCCAGAAACAGCGAAUCAUCCUUACUUUAACAAAGUCUCAGCUUGAUAAAACUACAGCAUCUGGAAAUAGUCCUCGUGGCCCAACAUACACAGGACCACUUUCCCCACAUACACAGUACCACCCACCUAGCAAGUCACCAAAUCACAUUAUUCGCCCUUCAGCUCCGAAGCAUUAUAAUAGUCCAGUAGUGUCAACAUCAUGUGUCAUACUGCCACCGGGACCGGCUGGUUGCCCGCAACUACUACCUUCCAAUGGGAUCCAGCCGAUGUUCGUUUCUACCCCUGUCCCACCACCACAGCUGCCUUUUCCCGCCCCACCGGUAGCCUCUGCUGGCUGGACUGCCACACCUCCAACAAAUCCUCCACCGCCACGUUUGCCAGUCCCCGGUACUGGUGUUUUCCUUCCUCCAAGCUCAGGAAAUUCACCAAACCAACCACUGGUAGUAUCAACAACUCCAGCCACGGAUAGUGCUCUAAAGGAAGAUACAUUGCCGCCAUCUGAAAAAUACAGUGGUGGGCUCGUGGCAUUGAACGAUGGGGACCUUUCUACCCCACACCUUAAAGUAGUAGUUGAUGUGGAGAUCCAAGAGGAGGUAGAGGAGCUCCUCAAUGGAAACACUGAAAAUAGCCUUGUUGGAGAGGAACAGUGAAAGGCAUCACUGAGCAAGGUUUUUAAGCCUAGCUAAAAGUCUAAACCAAACCGGGGAGAAUAUUUUUGGUAAACUAUUGCUUUUGCUGUUGAUAAAAAGUUUUUAUUCUGUCAACUGUAACGGCUUUGAUGACAGGGGAGGGGGUUAAGAUUUAUUGUCCUACUGGCCUCUCCCAAUUUUGCAUCCUACUCCGUAUAAAGUAGAGAAUAUGUUUGUUCUUUGAAAUUGGCAAAUGAUUUUGUGUCCUGUUAACCCAG